AUGUCUUCUCUUUUGUUUUCUUUACAUUUGGCAGUGUUCAUUCUACCAGCUGUUUCAUCCAAAUGCUUUUAUACAAACCAAACAUACGAUGAAGCUACAUGGCCUCUUAUCUACAUUUUGAAUCCCUUCGAUGACGAGGGCAAUCCAGUAGCAGGAAACUGCACUAUUUUCGCUGAUUCAGGGUCUGAUCUUAGAACUCUGUGGCAUUUCCAAAUCCAACAGUUUGUUAAAACCGACAGCUUAGAGGACGCUUACAUCAAUGUUUUCAAUUCAGAUGGAAGUCCUUUGUUCACUCAUGUUGAUGGAACUACCAGCACCUCAUCUGAUAUGUUCACAACUAAAAGUAGCUCGCGAAACGUAAUAAUAAACGUUGUUGUUCCUUCCAAAGCAGUAAGUAUCGUGGGUCAAAUGGAAGGUACUCCAUCACAUCACAUAGAAACUUCAACAGUCGCACAUGGGAACAAGGUUGUAAAUCCGAAAUUUCGAUAA